AGUGGUAGCGUAAGAGAAUAUAUUGCUAGUUUAAUCUGAAACUACUGUCCGAAAAUAUAUCCGUACGUAUCUUGUCGUAGAUUUGGGGAUUCAAACUGAAGUUUUUCUUAAGGAUUUCAUUGAUAAAUUCAAAGAAAGAUUUGCACAAAUACAAGAGAUCAGAUGGAGAGGACAUCAAGAGAUUCAAAAAUGAAAGAGGAAGAAGAUGUGCAGGCAGGAGUUGAAAUAUGGAAAUAUGUACUUGGGUUUUCUGGUAUUGCUGUAGUUAAGUGUGCUAUUGAGCUUGGAAUAGCAGAAGCCAUCGAAAACCAUGAGGGUCCUAUGGCAUUAUCAGAGCUAUCAUCCACCCUAGGAUGUGUUCCAUUCUCUCUUGAUCGCAUCAUGCGGUUCUUGGUGCAUAACCAUUUUUUCAAAGAGGAACCAACUAUCCAAGGCACCGCAGGUUAUGUGCACACACCUCUUUCUCGUCGUUUACUUAGGCAGGGAGAAGACAGCAUGGCUGAUUUUAUUUUGUUGGAGAGCAGCCCUGUGAUGCUAGCACCAUGGCAUCAUCUAAGUUCCUGUGUUCGAAUAAAUGGGACUGCAGCAUUUGAAGCGGCUUAUGGUGGUGACAUAUGGAAAUAUGCAGCAGCAAAUCCUGCUUUCAACAGGCUAAUUAACGAUGCCAUGGCUUGUGAUGCUAGACUGGCAGUGUCUGCUAUAAUUGAAAGCUGUCCAAAGCUGUUUGAUGGACUAAAAACUUUGGUAGAUGUUGGUGGCGGUAAUGGGACUGCUUUGGGAAAGUUUGUCAAGGCUUUUCCUUGGAUUGAAGGCAUCAACUUUGAUCUUCCUCAUGUUGUGUCUGUUGCAGCGGAAUGUGAAGGAGUAAAGCAAGUUGGAGGAGAUAUGUUCGACAGUGUUCCAAAGGCUGAUGCUGUUUUUAUCAUGAAGGUUUUGCAAGACUGGAACAAUGAUGAUUGUGUCCGAAUUCUUAAAAAAUGUAAAGAAGCUAUUCCAAAGGACAAAGGGAAGGUCAUUAUUGUUGAAACUGUGAUUGGAGAAGAGAAACAGGACAGUUUUGAGUUUGUGAGGUUCAUGAAAGACAUGGCAAUGAUGGCUUUCACCAACUCAGGAAAGGAGAGGACCUCUGAGGAAUGGGAUUGUGUCCUCAAGGAGGCUGGCUUUAGCAGCUACAACAUCAUACCAAUUCGGGCUGUGCAAUCUGUCAUCGAGGCUUUCCCUUAAUUCACAAAGCAAUUUCAGAACGUGUAUUUGUAGUUUGCCUAGUCCAAGUUCGCUUAGAUGAUGUUUUCUUUGUUCAAAAGCAGGCUCCUACAUGGAUUGUUUGUUUUCUAUGUUCAAAAGUGUCAAUUUCUCAUCAUUUUUCAGUUAUCCUUUCCUUUGAUUCAACCUUUAUGGUGAAGUCCCUCUGUUUGCUCAUAUUCAACACUUGUUCUGCAAAAAUAAUAGCCAAAUUUGCAAUGUUGAAAAUA